GUGAUAGGUGAUAGCAGUGAUAUCACUGAUAGCAGUGAUAGCACUGAUAGCAGUGAUAACACUGAUAGCAGUGAUAGCACAAGAGAGAGUCCAUACUCCAUAGCAUUAGAAGACCCGAUUUGGUUAAUAAAAAUCGAUGUUCCAGAUCAAUUUGGGGCGCGGUCGCACUGCCCCACGCCCCACGGGCCACGGGCCACGGGCCACGGCGGCCACGGGGCAUGGAACUUCGAACGCCUCCCCACGCCCCAAGCCCCAGGCCCCAGGGCGGCCCAGGCCCCAGAGCCCCAGAUUUCAGAAUCCAGAGUCCCAGAGUGA